GCGGCUCCCAGCUGAUCGCUGUGGCCGAGGAGGAAGCAGCAGCAGCAGCGGGCGGCGUGAGGAGCGCGAGAGUCUCGCUUGGAGGCCGUCGCUGUGGGCUAAAGGCGGUACUCUCGAUGGUGAUUCAUGUGGUGAUCCAUCUACAGAUACCCCACCGAACUCGGCGCUGUCGCUGCAGAGAGGAAGCAGCAGCACUGCACGGCACGCGGAGCCCCUCCACGUGUCACCAAUCUUGCGACUCUCCCCUCUGAUGAUGAUGGCUGCCAUGCUGACAACGACGACGACGAUGGUAUUGCCGCUGCUGCUGUGCGCGCUCUCCGCGUGUGCUCUGCCCGCCGGAGCCGCUGCCCUGCCCCUCCCUGGCUCCUCUGUUCAGCUGCAGGUGCGCUACUUUGACCAGAUUCUCGACCACUUCAACUUCAACUCCCAAGGGGACAAGACCUACAAGCAACGCUACCUCGUGUCAGACCAGUACUGGGAGAAGGGCGUCGGACCGAUUUUCUUCUACACGGGCAAUGAGGGAGACAUUUGGGCGUUCGCCAAUAACACCGGCUUCAUGAUCGAGCUGGCGCCGGAGUUUAAAGCCCUCAUCGUGUUCGCGGAGCAUCGGUACUAUGGCGAGAGCCUCCCUUUCGGGAAGGAUUCCUUCCGACUGGACACCAUUGGCCUGCUGACCAUCGAGCAGGCGCUGGCGGACUUCGCCGUGCUGCUUGACAGCAUCAAGCAGAACUUUGGGGCCCAGAAGUCCAAGGUGGUGUCGUUCGGAGGAAGCUAUGGAGGAAUGCUGAGCGCCUACUUCCGCAUGCACUACCCCCAUCUGGUGGAUGCUGCCCUGGCUGCCAGUGCCCCCAUCCCCUUCGUGUCUGGACAGGGAGACCCCCUGCAAUUCUUCCGGGAUGUCACGGCUGACUUUGAGAAGUACAAUCCUAAAUGCCCGGACAUAGUGAGGGCUGGUUUCAUUGAACUCAAGAAACUUGCCGACAAGCAAGAGUGGGCUCAGAUAGCGCAGCGGAUGCGCCUGUGCCAGGCUCCCGGCUCUGCUGCGGACGUGCGGCACAUGUACGGCUGGGCGCGGAACACCUUCACCUACCUGGCCAUGCUGGACUACCCCUACGCAGCCUCCUUCAUGGGCUCGCUGCCCGCUAACCCGGUCAACGUGGCCUGUGACCUGCUGCUCAACAGCAAAGAUCCUCUGGACGGUCUGACGCAAGCUGUCGCUCUUUUCUACAACACCAGUGGAACGGCAAAGUGUCUUGAUCCAGCAGCCGAGUUCAUCGAGUGCGCAGACCCCACUGGGUGUGGAUUAGGCCCCGACAGCCUGGCCUGGGACUACCAGGCGUGCACGGAGAUCAACCUGCUGUGCUCCACCAACAACGUGAGCGACAUGUUCCCUGCCCUACCCUACACGGCAGCCGCGCGGCGCGAAUACUGCGCCAAGCGCUGGGGCGUGGUGCCACGCGAGACCUGGCUCGCCACGCAGUACUGGGGCAAGGACGUGAACUCCUCAAGCCAGAUCAUCUUCUCCAACGGAAACUUGGAUCCGUGGGGAAACGGAGGGUUCCAGCACGACGUGGGCGGCAACGUCGCUGUGAAGGUCAUAGGAGGCGCCCACCACCUAGACCUGAGGUACUCGAACCCAGCUGACCCGGAGUCUGUUGUCACUGCCCGCAAGCUGGAGUCCGGUCUGCUGCACAUCUGGCUCACUGUUUAAACCGCGAGGGUCACUGCCGCACACGCGCGCACACACACACACGCACACACACGCGCACGCCGCACACACGCGCACGCCGCACACACGCACACGCACACACACACACACACGCGCACACGCACGCCGCGCACACACACACGCUCAUGCUCAGCCUGCCAGUCGCACGGCAAUAUUCCACGGGUCUCGUUGCUCGGUCAAGCGAUCGGGCGGUGAGCAUUUAUGUUGGCGGUUCGUGGAACCAGCCAUGGAAAUUCCACACACCUAUGGUGGGCGUCGGUUUAUCAACAGGUUGGCCAAAUGCCAAGAUUACACAGUGGUACUGCUCAUUUCAUUAUCCACCCUGCAAGGAUAAUAAUUAGCACGAUUCCCUCCACAACUGGGUAUCUCAACCCCCGUGGCCUUUUCCGACUGAGAAUCCAAGUGCUGUGAGUAGCCACAAUCAAACCAGUGUCCGCAAAUAAUCUUUCCCCCACACCUCCGAUUAGCACGGCUGGCUACGUAUAGUUCGAAAGAAGUUCAACACACGUACACAGAAGUCUCAAUCUGUAUAGAACCUCCAUUUACAUUAUUCAGGAUUCCCCACAGAUAAGUGGGGGUCAAUUUACCACUUGGCUCGGUGUAGCGUAAUGUCGACGGUUGUCUUCCUAUUUUCCUGCAAAAAUCGUGGACAAGCCGGCUUGAAGAUCACAGCCAAACAUGGGAAGAGUCACGGAUUGGCCACAUCCAGAAGUUCUCAGGGAGCUGCAGGCGAGAGGAGUCUCCCUGUUGGUUCACAGGCGCAUAAAAAAUAAACUUGACAGUAAACAUCCAGGAUGCCUGAGUUGUUAUCAAGUAUCGCUGGAAUAAGCAGAUGUGGUCUGGUGGAUUCCCAUAUUCACCACCAGGUUACAAAUCCGAGGUCCGUGGUCAGUCCUUUCACCCCACCACCACCACUCUCCGUGGUUGAUCAAAUAAUAUCCACUUGCGAGCAAGUUCUGUGGAGAGACCGGUGCCCUUCAUGGGAAUGUGGAACCGCCACCGGUAGUACAGGGUCACCAGAGAUGAGCAUCACCAAUUGGGUCCGUGUAUCACAUCCUGCACAAUGCAUCAGCCUCAAUGGGAAUGACAUUAAUUCCAUCCUGGAGUCUUAAACGGGCUGAAUUGAAGAAAUUAACAUUUGUAUCAAAAGUAUUAAUUAUUUUAGAUUAUUACAAACACAAUAGGGAAAAGAUCGUGUUAGAUAUGCCACUUUUAUUCAGCUAGGGGUGGUACAAUGGCUUGGAGCACUCCACUUACAACCUGAAGGUGUUUAACUUUCAAAUACCAGCUGCUGUUUGAAUAGAAGAGUUAAUCUACAAAUCAUCCUUGUGGGAUACUAACAGUGGCCCUUCUUUGGGAACUGCCACCAAAGGAAGGUUGGAAUUUCCACCACUGGCUCCAGGGAUACUUCAUUUUAGUAGCAAGAAGCUUCGAUUUUGUGAAAAAACGAAUUCAAUACCAUAGUCUAUAACAUUUGCCCAAAAUUGUAUAACAUGUCAUUUGGUUCACGAUACAAGCAUUUAAGCUUGUGUUGACAAUGCAGUUACGUACACGCAAUGCACAUUUUUACACAUUUGUAAUUCGUGAAGGAGUUACAUUUUAGUGACACGUAACAAACGAGACGGACAAUGCAACAGCAGGAAUAAGAACAAAUCCCCGAAGUCAAAUUGUGCCAUGGAAUCCUGGCGAUUGAAUCUGUACCAUGCCGGAACCAAAUAGAUGUUUGUCCACUUGCUGAAAUGAAUACAUUUCUUUGAAUUGGGGAGGCACUUGAUAAAAAACAAAAAAUUAAAUAAAGGAUGUAUUUUGAAAAAAAAAUGGUUUCUGCACGGUUGCUGAAGUCGCUUCGUCGGUCGAGGGCCUCUGUAAGUGGCAAAGCUGCUGGGAUGCACGAGAUUUGCCCAGAGUUGUUGAAAGCGCUGGACAGUGUAGGAGUGUCACUUGCAUGGAAGGCGAGUACGUACAUCUGGAUUGGCAAACUGGGGUCGUGGUUCCCAUAUUUUUUUAAAAAGGGGACCAGAGGGUGUGUUCCAGCUACAGAAGAACCACGCUCAGCAUCCCAGGUAAAGCUUGUGCCAGAGUGCUGGGCAGGAGGCUCC